CCGUGUUUUACUGCGCCUGCCCGCCCUACCCGUGCCCUGCCUCUCAAAAUUUGAAUGCUCUUUGCCUCUUUCUCUCUCAUUUCAUCACAAAAAGUUACAAUCUUUUGCCCCUUGUUGCAAUUCAAAUCUCAUUUUUCUGUGAACCCUUUAUUAUGACCCUUCAUUUUAUCUUCAACUUUCUCUAGCUCAAUUCAAUAGGCCAAACCAAACCACAUAAUUUCAUGGGUACAUGUUUGAGUAAGAAGAAGAAUUCUUCAACUACUACAUCCACCUCCUCUCUUGCUGAAAUCAAGUCAGCCAUUGCAACAUCUGUUGAGUUUGAAUGGAAGAACAAGAAUCAUUCUUCCCAUAAUGGUAUCACAAUGUCCAAACCAAAAGUAGAAACUCAACCACAAGUGAAGCUGAAGAAAGCACUAGAAAAACAUGAUGAUGAUUCAGUAGAAAAACAUAAAGGGCAAGUUAAAAAAGAGAUUUUUAUCAUCAAACACAGAAAGAGCCAUGAUGACAGUGAGAAAAAUUCUAGUAUUGAAGGAGCUGAGUUAAUGGGUAUGAGAACUUCAAACUGUACUAAAGAAGAUGUGGAUGCAAUUCUUAUACAUUGUGGUAGACUCAGCAGAAAUUCUUCAGGUAAAGCUUCUUCUUUUAGAGAGCAUAGGAGAAGGCUUUCGGGUUCAAAUAGAACUAGAAGUAAUGAUUUUGAUCAUUGUGACAAUGAUACAAUUUUUUCCUCUGAGAAGGGCCAAAAGAAUAGUGAUUUGUAUGAGGAUGAUUGGAAGGAACCUGCAGAGAAACUGUAUAGGAAUAGGAGAAGAACACCAAGCAGGGAAAGAGAGCAGCGACAACGUUCAAGUAGCCGAGAGAGGAGAGUUAGUAUAUCACCUGUGAGAAGAUCUUCAGAUACAACUACACCACUCAAUGCAAGAAACAAUACCAAUACUAGUUCUAUGCCUAGAAAAAUGGUAUCUGUUCCUGCUACUGUUACAUCCCUUGUAAUGGAUAAAAGUAAUAAUAAUGGUUGUGAAGGUGGAGAAUCUGCAGCAGGUACAAUUGGUGUGAAGAGGAUUACAGUUAGGAGAAAUGUUGGUUCACCGCGUUCUCAAUCGCCUGCAAGAGCAAAUGGGAAUGCAACAAGUCAGUCAUCACUUAGCCGCAGCUCCUCGAGGAAAGCAGAAGAAUCACCAUACAGAAGAAAUCCACUGAAUGAGCUUGAACAAAACUCCCUUGCUAAUCCACAUUCAACAGUCAACAAUAACAACAGCAGGGCGCAAAGCAGACCCAAAAAGGAAAUUGAAACAGAAGCUAAUAAGAUACCAAAUUCCAGCAGAAUUGCACUGGACAAGGUUGAGGAUGUGAGUUGCAAGACAAAACUACAAGAUGAAGAUGUCAAAAUGAUGUCUUCAGUGACUGAUAAUGUUGUUGUUAAGACAGUGGUGGUGCCACCAGUGGUUGAAAACCUAAAACCCUGGAGAUUAACAAGAAGCAGAUCUUCGAGGCGAUCACGAGACUUAGAGUUAGACCACAACCCUGAAGAUCUUUUGAUUCCCCCACAGUCCUACACCUCACUACUGCUUCAGGAUAUCCAGAACUUCCAUCAAAAGAACACACCGCCACCACCGUCACCGCCACCUGUUUCUCUCCCAGCUUGUGUUGCCAGAGCUUGCUCUAUCGUCGAAGCUGUUGCUAAUUUCAAUUCCAAUAGCAGCUCAAAUUUGUCUGGUGUAGAAGACAGGAGAAAUCCACCAGGUUUUCAGUCUAAUAGGAAUGAAUAUGAUGUUCUGCCGGGUACUAGCAACAGUUAUGGGAAGAGAGUGGCAGAUAACAAGGAUAGGGAUGUGGAGUACGAAUUAAUUGUUUAUGAUGAUAUGGUCGAACCGAGCUUACAUAAGUUCGAGACAAUGAAUAGGGGUAGUUCAAACAUGGAGGAGCAAGAGUCUUCAGGAAGCAACAGCUUAACUGUCAGUAGUGCAAAACAUCGGCGGAACAUUUCUUCUUCUUCUUCUUGGGAACCCAGUUCUUCUGAUUCAAAAGAUUGCUGGACUGCUAGAUUGAACAACUGCAAAGAGGAGGAUAAGAAAAGUCCAUUAGGCAUGGAAAGAAGGGUGUCUUCUGUAGCAAGGCGGGCAAAUAUAGACGGAGCAAAGAUGAAAUUGAACAGCAAAAGGAGAGAGAGUGAUCAUCAGCAUGACAAUGAAACAGGGCGUGGCAGGCUUGGUGCCAAUAAUGUUCCUCACAUGAAACAAGUUGUCACAGCAGUUGCAUCCACAUAAAUGAAUUCACCUUCAUCUUUUGUCAAUAAUAGUCCCAUGAGUGACAUUCCUUCUGUUUGGUGUUGCACACUCUGCAACCAGUUUUCAUUUAAUUAAGGUCUAUGUGAAUAUUCUAUGUCGUUCCUAUUUCACUUGUAACAACAUUAUGUUUCAUUAUUUCAUCAAAUAAAAAAUGCAUAAAAAGUAUCAGUUACUUUCA